ACACCUCCCCUCCCCCAACCCCCCCCAACAACAACAACAACAACAACAACAACCACCCCCACCCCCACCCCAAAACGCCCUCAUCUUCAUCGGCGGCCUCGGCGACGGGCCACACACCAUCCCCUACCCACGACACCUCGCCAACCACCUCGCAACCCUGCCAGACGCCCAACAACGGUACGCCGUGUUCGAGGCGCGGCUAAGCAGCGCCUUCACAGGCUUCGGCACCACCUCGCUCGCGCAGGACGCGCGCGAGCUCGCCGCCCUGGUGCGCCACCUGCGCGGCCCGGCCAGGCGGGCGCGCAGGGUGGUGCUGAUGGGCCAUAGCACGGGGUGUCAGGACUGUUUGGCGUAUGCCGGUGCUGCGAGGGAGGGUGGUGAGGUUGGGGCGGGGGAUGAGGGGGUGUGGGUGGAUGGGUUGAUACUGCAGGGGCCGGUGUCGGAUCGGGAGGCGAUUGGGAUGGGGGAGGAUGCUGGGGAGGUGAAGGCUUCGUUGGAGGUUGCGGAGGAGUUGAUUAAGGCUGGGAAGGGAGGGCAGGUGAUGGUGGGUGAGGCCUUGCCGGCGGGGUGGAGGGACGGUCCGGUUACGGCGUAUCGGUGGGCUUCGCUGGCGGGGGUUGGAGGUGACGAUGAUUACUUCUCGUCGGACCUGCCCGACGACAAACUGGCGGCGGUCUGGGGCAAGCUGGAGCAGCCAGUACUGAUUGUGCCUUCCCAGAAGGACGAAUGGGUGCCUACCACUAUUGACGUCAUGGGGCUCGUCGAGAAAUGGAAAAGCUUCUGCAAACCCGGCAUCGGCAGCGAGCUAAGCGGGCUUAUUCCAGACGCGAAUCACCGCGUGGAUAACGACGCCGGGCAGGAAUGGCUCGCGGAUCGGGUGGCCCGGUUCCUCGCCGAACUUGAGCAGUAGGAGGUGCUUGGUUGUUGGCCGGAUGUCGCGGGUCUCGGCCAUCGGGGAACAGUCCGGUAGUGUAAUUACGAGACAGUAAUACCGGCAACUGAAAGAUACUGAAUGGUAAACAACCCCGCCAAACCCCGCUAUCAUCGGCGACUGCGACGGUGGGGUCUUUGCAACAAUCUCACGAUUAGGGGACCACAUUAGUAACGGGGCGGUACGGCGACACAAACUAGAGUAUAUAUAGCAUCAAAUGCCUGAGCUAGCGGGAAGUGACAGUUAGC